AAGAAGAACAACCCGGCUGUUUACAGUCUUGACAGUAUAAAUAAUGAAACAUUUGAGCAGCUAAACGGGUUUAUUUUGUCAUAUUGCAGAAUACAAAUGACGGCGGAUAAGGAAGCAGACUGAUUUUUAAUAAUAUGAAGAAGAAACGUGUGUGCUAAACAAAAUGAUCAGUCAAAUAUUCAUCUUGUCAUCAAAGGGAGAUCAUCUCAUAUAUAAAGACUUCCGAGGAGAGGAGAGUAAAGACUCCAUCAAUGUCUUCUAUGAGAUGGUCACAGCUCUUAGUGGAGAUCAACCUCCGGUUGUCAUGUCACACAAAGAUCUUCAUUUCAUCCACAUAAGGCAGGGUGGGCUUUAUUGGGUGGCGUCCACCAAAACAAACCCAUCUCCCUUCACCAUAAUCGAGUUCCUCAACAGAUUAGCAGCUCUUACAAAGGACUACUGCGGCAGUUUGUCAGAGAAAUCAGUGCGGAUGAAUUUCGCUCUAAUUUAUGAGCUGCUGGAUGAGAUGGUGGACUUUGGCUACAUACAGACGACCUCAACUGACAUCCUGAAAAACUUCAUCCAGACAGAAGCUGUUUCAUCCAAACCCUUCAGUCUUUUUGAUCUAAGUAAUGUUGGUUUGUUUGGAGCUGAGACACAGCAGAGUAAAGUGGCCCCUAGUGUUGCAGCCAGUCGUCCUAUAAUGUCCGGUCGAGGAGAGCAGGGUGGAAAGAAUGAGAUCUUUGUGGAUGUGAUAGAAAGGCUGUCUGUGGUUAUUGGCUCCAAGGGAGUUUUAAUGAAAGCAGAUAUUCAGGGAGAGAUAAGAAUAAAAUGUUUUCUCCCGACCUGUUCAGAGAUGCGGAUCGGACUGAAUGAAGAGCUGAAUAUUGGAAAGUCCCAGCUGAAAGGCUAUAGUUCAGCUGUGCGUGUAGAUGAAUGCAGAUUCCACCAGGCUGUGAAAUUGGAUGAAUUUGAUACUUUCAGAAUAUUGAAAGUUUGUCCUAGCCAGGGAGAGCAAACAGUGAUGCAGUAUCAGCUGUGUGAUGAGCUUCCAUGUGCACCACCAUUUCAGUUAUUCCCCUCUGUAGAGAAGGAUUAUGUAAACAGGGUGUUGAUUUUUCUUAAGCUUAGAUGUGAUCUUCCUCCUAAAAGUACGGCUCUUAAUGUUUCCAUCACUGUUCCUGUGCCAAAAGGCUCUACAAGUAUGUCUCAGGAGCUCAGUAGUCCUGACCAGACCGCUGAACUUCAGCCGAAGAACAAAGCCCUGCUCUGGGAGAUCCCACGUUUCCCAGGAGGAGCACAGUUGUCAGCACUGUUCAAGGUGGAUGUUCCUGGUCUAAGCUCCGCCUCUUUGCUGGAGGUCGGCCCUGUCAGUAUGUCAUUCGAACUGCCCAAACAAACCUGCACCGGCCUUCAGAUCCGCUUCCUCCGGCUCUCUCCAACUCAGACAGGACUGUCACAACGUUGGGUUCGAUAUGUCACUCAUUCUGACUCCUACACCAUACGGAUCUGACCUAACCAGACGGAAAGAACAGUGAACAAACUGCUGUGUGCCUCUUCCAGCCACAAUUUUUAUUUUAUUUUUUUUUAUUUUGUAAUAAUCUAUGCAUAUGAACAAAUUUGCAGUUUUGCUCCAUUCAUUUUUUUUUUUUUUUAAAUAUACUGAAUCUAGAGAUUUUUGGAGAUAUGACAAUAUUGUGUCAAGUAUGACUGUCAAAAUAGUGUUUCUUUAUUUAAAAUAAAAUAAGCCCAGAGGUGUAUAAAUAUUGAAUAUGCAUAAAUGACUUAAAAAAUGCUAUAUAUAUAUAUAUAUAUAUAUAUUACAGGUAGACUUCAUGUUAAAGCAGGCAAGCAGUUAUAAGAGUGCAUUUAUGAUUUAGAUGUGUAGAAGCUAAAAACAAGUUGAAAUUAUGACAUACAUAGUCAUAAUUAUGACAAAAUGUACAUUAUGAAAUAAAAAGUCAAAAUGAUAUUAGAAAGUCAUUAGACAAAAAGUUACAAUUAUAACGUGAUAUCUAUGUGUUGUAAGUCAGAAAUUUUAUAUUUGUCAUCAUGUUGACUUAAUUGAAAUGACUUAAUUAAAUGACAUCUCAUAAUUUUGAGAGAUUAUGUCCAUUUCUGCCC